AUGGCAGACAUUGGAGCUGAUUUGGUAAAAUCAAUUUUAGACAGAUUGAUGGAUUGCGCAAUAGCAGAAUCACGAUACGUAUGCUGCUUUUGGGACAUUGUUGAAGACAUUGAAAAGGAAAAGAAAGCUUUGGAAGAAAGUGUGAAAGAGGAAAAAAGAAAGGGAAACAAUAUUCGAACAGAUGUCACUUCUUGGCUAAAAGAAACUGACCAACUCAUUAUAGACACUCAAAUGAAAAAGACGUGUUUUUUUGGAUGGUGUCCAGAUUGCAAAUGGAGAUAUAGUAAGGGAAAGCAACUGGCAAAUAAGAAGGAGGAGUUGAAAAGUGGCAAUGUUGGAAUUUCCCCUGUACUUCCAGGUGUUGAUUAUCAUUCUUCUCAAGAUUAUGUUUCUUUUGAGAGCAGAAAGUCGAAAAUCGAAGAACUUUUGGAUGCACUGAAAAAUGACAGCAACUUUAUAAUUGGAUUGCAAGGGAUGGGGGGAACAGGUAAAACUACGUUGGCAAAAGAAGUGGGUAAGAAACUUAAGCAGCUACAGCAAUUUGAUCAUGUCAUUGAUACUACAGUGUCAUAUACUCCUGACAUAAGGAAGAUUCAAGAUGACAUUGCUGCACCCUUAGGAUUGGACUUCAAAGAUAAAAAUGAAUCACAGAGAUUCAGUUUUCUUUGGAAUAGAUUAACCAAUGGUGAAAAAAUUCUUUUGAUAUUGGAUGAUGUGUGGAAUCCUAUCGAAUUUGAUAAAAUUGGAAUUCCAAGGAAAGACAAUCACAAUGGUUGUAGAAUCUUUUUAACCACACGUGAUAUGAAGGUUUGCCAAUCAAUGGAAUGCGAAAAGAUAAUUCAAUUGGGGGUUUUAACCGGGGAAGAUGCAUGGACCUUGUUCAAAAAGCAUGCUCGUAUAAGUGAUAGUUCCUCUAAACGUUUGUUGGAUAAGGGACGCGAUAUUACCAAAAAAUGUGGGGGGUUACCAGUUGCAAUAGCAGCCAUUGCGGGCAGUUUAAAAGGUGAAGAAAGUGUGGAAGUGUGGAAAUCAACUUUAAAAUCCUUACAGCAGUCUGUGCCUAUGCAUGGUGUUGAUGAAAGUUUGGUUGAAGUUUAUAAAUGUUUGAGGUAUAGUUAUGAUAAUUUGAAGAAUGAAGAAGCCAAGAAACUAUUCCUCUUAUGUUCUAUGUUUCCAGAAGAUGAAGAACUUUCUAAUGAAACUUUAACCACAUUUGGCAUUGGAGCAGGCCUUCUUGGGGAAGUGGAUGGCAAAUAUGACGAAGCUCGAGACCAAGUCGCUGUUGCCAUUAAAAAAUUUGUAGAUUCUUGUUUAUUGUUGAAGGGCGGAAAGCAAAGUGUUAAAAUGCAUGACUUGGUUCGUGAAGUGGCCUUAUGGAUAGCUAACGAGGAAAUUCAAGCAGUAAAUGUGUCUAGCAAAAUUCAGAAGUUAUUGCUUGAGAGGAGGAAGAAUAUUAAAUAUUUGUUAUGCGAAGGGAAGGGCAUGGAUGUAUUUUCGUGUAAGUUUAAUAGGUCCAAACUUGAGAUUCUAAAAGUCGUCUACAUGCAUGAAGAUGAAGAUGAAGAUGAAGAUGAAGAUGCUUAUGUGGAAGUCCCAAAUUCAUUCUUUGAAAAUAUGACAGAACUUCGAGUUUUGCAUUUGUCAUUGAAUACAUGGAGAGAUGUUUCUCUGUCAUUACCUCAGUCAUUCCAAUCAUUGACAAAUAUUCGAUCUCUAAUCCUUGAAAAUUUACGCUUACGGGACUUCUCUGUUCUGAAAUACUUACAAAAUCUUGAGACUCUUGAUUUGGUUUGGUGCCCUAUGGAUGAAUUCCCAGGUGAAAUUGCAAAACUGGAGAAACUUAGAGUGUUGAGGUUAAGAGAAUGUAUUGUUGAAAAUUUUAAUUCAAUUAAAAUGAUUGAAAAGUGCUCAUUACUUGAAGAAUUGUACAUUGUUAGUACGGAUCUCACGUUUGAUACUUCGGCAAUGCAUGAGAAAAUAAACUUUCCUGCAUUCCAAAGGUACAUUAUGAGUGACAAUCGUACAGCAGUGGAUGAAUCGUUGUCAAAAUGUGUGGCCUUUCCGAAGAUUGAUGCUAUUUUCUCAGAAGUGACAUUCAAUCAUUUGGUGCAAACAUCCGAGCUUCUUCAUCUGCAAAAAAUCGAGGGGGAAUGGAGAAAUCUCAUACCUAAUAUUGUUCCCAUAGAUAGAGGUAUGAAUGAUCUAGUCGAGCUUUAUUUGUCAGACAGUCCACAAUUGCUGUGUCUCAUUGACACUACACAUAUUGAUUCUCAAAAACAAAGUUUCUUCUCCAAGUUAAUUAAGAUAGAACUCCAUCGCAUGGAAAAUUUCGAAGAACUAUGCAAUGGUCCUUUUCCCUUUGACUUUCUAAACAAUUUACAGGGGCUAGUAAUCUCGGAUUGUAUAAAUUUGAGAAGCAUAUUGUUUAAGAGCAAGCUAAACCUCUGCUAUCUUAAGACCAUUAAAUUGUACAAAUGCCCAAAAUUGGUAUCCCUGUUUCAAUUGUCAACUUGUCAAAGUCUCUUGCUUUUGGAGAAACUGUCCGUAGAAUAUUGUGAGCAACUAAAAAACAUUAUAGCAGAUGAAAGAGUAAAUGGAGAAUCCAAGGAAGAGAUUGUUGAUGGUGAGAAUGAUAACAAGAGUUAUGGCUCAAUGUUUCCAAAUCUGAAAACUCUUUUAAUUACGAGUUGUCCCCAAUUGGAAUAUAUACUUCCAACUCUUUCUACUCAAGUUGUUCCAUUGCUAGAAACUAUCAUAACACGUGUUUGUGGUGAGCUGAAGUACAUAUUUCAUCAAUACCAACACGAACAUGCAAGUCAUCAAGAGGGAAAUGAUAUCAUACUUGGCUCACUGAAAGAGGUGCAGUUCUCUGGCUUGCCAAAUUUCAUUGAUAUUUUUCCAAAAUGGUGUUGUUCCAUUUGUUUGUCAGGGUCAUCCUGUAAAAACAAUUCCAUGGAAAAAAUAGAAUCAAAUCCCAACAAAUGCAAUAUUUCUCCUUGGAUCCAUAUGUGUUAUCCUCGUAAAUGCAGACGCAAAGUCAAGAGUACCAAAAGUACAGCACUUCCAUUCGUUUCCAAUGAACCAUUGCAAGAUAGUUCAAACUCAUUGGUGUCAAACUUUGACUAUCUUCGUCUUUGGCAACGUGCUCAAUGUCUUUCCAAGCAACCACAGAUCCUGCGCAAUAUUAAAAAGAUUGAACUACGACAAUUUUCAAAGAUCAAAUCUGUAUUUAUUUUGUCCAUUGCUCCAAUGAUGUUGGAAACUUUGCGAAUUGAGGAUUGCGACGAAUUACAGCACAUAAUAGUAGACAUUACAGAUGGUGACAAUAAUUUGAGUUAUGUGUUUCCAAAAUUGAAAAAGAUCAUUGUGAAAAGUUGUAGACAAUUGGAAUAUCUAUUCGGAAGUUGCGAUGAUCAUCAGAAUCAUAAGAUAAAUGUUGAUCUUCCUGUCUUGGAAAGUCUCUGUUUACGUGAUCUGCCAUGUUUAAUUGGAAUUUGCUCGAAAAACUAUUCCACAACAUUGCCGCCUUUGAUGAAGUUUGUACUCAAUGGAUGUUCUCAGAUUAGCAUUAAAUCUAUUGGGGAUUUCAUCCUUUCUUUGAGUAACACAUCUAUUAAGGAGUUGAGUGAGACCAAGCAUCUUCUCUCUUUGGAAAAUCUGUGGGUAGAUGGCUCCAAAAUUGAAAAUAUUUGUUGCUUCAAUGAAAUAAUUGGGCAAGAAAUAAUCCUAGGGUGGGAAAACAUUCGGUUGGAAGAUCUGCCUCAUAUGACCUAUCUUUUUGUAGGUCCUAGGAAUUCUUUUAUCCUCCAAAACCUUAUGGAGCUAACUAUUGCGCAAUGUGAGAAAUUAGAAGUAAUCUUUACUGCUUCUAUUUCAAGAUGCUUACCACAGUUGGAAAGACUACUCAUAAAAGAAUGUAAAGAAUUAAAGCAGAUCAUUGAAGAGAAUGCAGAAAAUCAGGAAAUGUCUUUCCCAAAGCUAGGAGAGAUAGUUGUCGAAAAAUGCAACAAAUUAACAUAUCUCUUUCCUUUCUCCACUUCUAAAGAGCUUCUUCAGCUAAGACUUCUGAUAAUAAAAGAAGCCUCUGAGUUAAAGGAAGUAUUUAGAUGCGAAGCUGAUCAAAAAGUUCAGUUUCCACAGCUAAGACUUUUACUUUUUGUCAAACUACCAAUCUUCAGCUUCAGCCAGGGGAUUGAAUUGGAGUAUACAGAUCUUUGGGUUCAGAGUUGUCCAAAUCUCUCUUUGACUUCAACGAUAGAGUCCCAUCAGUUGGAGCGUAGAGUUUAUCGCUCUGCAGGUCGUUAUUGGCACAUACUAGAACACAUUGUUCGAGAUUUUGAAGAGUCAAUAAUCCAAGAUCCUAGCAAUGAAUGUCAAACUACAAAAAUCACUGAAGACAUUCAAGGUGAGCUGGAAGUCCAAGCAACAUCACAAAGUGAAUUGGGUUCUUCAGAAGUCAAUACGAAUCAAUCCAUUGCAGAGAUAAAGCAUGAAAUUGUUGAAGAAGAUUCGAGUUUAAAGAUACCUUCGGCAACUACAUCACCAAUUAAAUGGCAUGAAGCACAUUCAGAUGUGAUGUUGGAUGAACAAUCAACAGGAGAACCAUGCUUGAUGAACCAAAACCAGGCCAUUGGACUAACUGAUACCACCUUUAAAAUUUCUCAAGGAAAUAAUUGUCUUAAAGAAAUAGAGGACCAAAGUAAUCAAGAGGAUUCUUUAUCAAAGCAAACUAUUACAACAACUUCAUUCAUGGAUUCAGAAAAAGGGAACACAUCACCCAGACAAUUGCUUCCUCCUAUACAAGAGGGUGUUGAGAGAAAUUUUGAAGUAGGAACAACAUCAACCAAUGUCGUGAUAGUAGCAUCGCCUAACUAUGGGAGAACAUUCUUCAAUGAAACACCAAUGGAAGAACAUUCCUCAAUGAAAGAACAACAGCCCCUUGGAAAAACUGAUAUUGGUUUUGAAGUUCCUCAAGGAAAUAAUGUAAUGCCACCACCUAACUAUUGUUUGGAAGACAGAGAGAACCAAAGUACUCAAGAAGGUUCUAUGUCAGGGAAAAAUACAACAGCAACGCUACUGAUGAAGUCAGAAAUAAGGAACACAUCACUCGGAACAUUACUAUCUCCUUUACAAAAAGCUAUUAAGAGAAAUGUUGAAGAAGGAAAUACAUCAGCGAAUUUCAAGUCAAUAACAUCAUCGACUCGUUCAGAACUAGGUCCAUCAGUUGCUUCUAAGGGUGAAACAUAUCCACGUGAACAUGGAGAUGGCCAAAAGGCCAUACCAUCUGUUUUAGUUGUGCCUUCCUCUGCUCAAGAUACUUCAGAGAUAGCGCUUGCCCUCACUAACUCUCAUGAUCCAGGAGCAGAAGGCCCUGCAAUUUUAGAGGGAAUUUCUUGUACCACUGCAGAGAAAGUCAUUGCAUGUCCAACUCUUGAAGAGAUCACUGCUGCCGUAUGUGUGGAAGGUUCAACUAAACCUGCAACUACUCAACCAAUAGUGGAAGAAACGGGUUUAGUGCCUCCAGAAGUAACAAGUGAAUCAACUUUUCUAGGGAUGGAUGAGAUUAAGAAGCUGAUCGAAGAAGACCCUCUUAGUGCACUUGAAAAUCUUCUCACUGGGAAAGUCUCUAUUACACAAAUGCAAAGUUCUUCCAUUGGAAUUCUACUUCAAGAUUUGAAGGUUUUAUUAAUGGACUCAAACCUCGAGCAUCUUGUAAUUCAUCAAGAGUCUAGAUCAAAACUGGUUUCUCUCUUGGAGCAGUUGAAUCAACAUCAAAGGAUCUUAUCUUCAGAUGCCAAGGACUUUGUGAAGAACGUGGGGAACUUCUGCAAUGACUACUUUGGCAAACACACAACUUCUCAACAAGUAAUAAAGAAGCACAAACAACUUCUCCAAUCUAAAGACGAUCUUCUUAACAAGCUUUCAAGUGCAAAAAGCACGCAAGCACACAUCGACAAUAAAAGUUGCACAGCCAAGGUUCAAAUAGAUGAGCUUUCUUUGAAAAUUGAUGAUCUUAGAAAACAAGUGGCAGAUACGGAGCAUCAAAUAGAUGCUUUGAAGUUAACAAUGAAAAUGUGUGAUCUUGAAAAGGAGAAGUUGAAGGCUGAAUGCACUCAAUGGGCCCAACAGAGUGCACAAUUACUUUCUGCACUCUAUUCCUCAGAGAUUGAUGUCCAAGAAGUUCAACAUGCCAACAAUAUGGCAAAAGAAGCCUUUGCAAAUCUCAAAUCAUCUUUUCCUACCUUUUAA